AUGCAAUCAUUGCCGGGAAGAGAGGAGAGCAUCUUAGACAGCUAUUCGUGUGAUAGUCAGGCCAACCACAACAAACGAAUCGUACAAGUGCUGACAAGCAUGGUAGCACAUAGCGGGAAUUCUGCGGUGUCGACAGCUAAUACACAUUUACCGACGAAUAGCUACCCAUCAGCAACAUUUAAAAUGAACUUACCACAAAAUUUAUUGCAUCCAAUUGAUUCCUGGUCGAAGAGUGAUGUACAGAAAUGGAUUGAAUAUUGUAUAGAUGAAUAUUCGUUAGGAGAUGUCAAUUUAAACGACUUCGAAAUGAAUGGUAAAGCACUAUUGUUAUUAAAUGAAGAUAGUUUCAAACAACGUUCACCACGCUCGGGUGAUGUGUUAUACAAAGCUUUACAACAACAUCGAGCGACACUCAAAACAUGGCAAUGCCAAUCAUAUCCGUAUCAACUAUGGAAUUCUUUUGCUUUUCCUUCGUCUUCUUCUUCAUCAUCAUCGUCCUCAGCGUCCUCAGCAGCAGCAACCUCACGUCGCUUCAAUAUUCCACCACCAACAACACUGACUAUUCCGCCGUUUCAUCCCAAUGCUGGUAGUGUUCUAACACAUCCAGCCGCUGCCGCUGCUGCAGCUGCAGCUUGUAUGCAUCCAGCAUUUAAUUACAUGUUCGGUCGACCUGAUCUCAUGCCGAAAACGCCUUUGAUUAAUCAUCAAUCACCUUUCUAUAGUUCUCAUCAACAACAGUCAACACGAAAUCGUGAAGUAUCGGCGUCGUCGUCAUCUUCGGUAUCAUCCUACGCUUCAGAAGUCAAAGCAUCACACAAAUCUGACACGCUUUAUCCGGUGAAUGAUUCUGCUGGUGUCAAACGUGAAGCAAUAUCUCCGAGUACGCAACAAACAAACCGUCAGCCAACACCGAAUAGUUCACCAUUGACAACAACACCGGCAACAACGAUUAGUCCAUCGGUAAAGCAAGAAUGUAUGGAUGAUGAAGACGUGGAUAUUGAGCAGCACGAGACGGCACCCACACCACCUGUGACGUCAAGUUCGCCAUCAUCUUCCCCUCAAUCAUCAUCGUCGUUCUUAUCGAAAUCAAACCGUUUGAACCACGAUACCACUCCAUUCAAAAUUCGUUCACACUUGUUGUCGCGAAUCAAACAUCAGCCUAAUGAUGUGACGAAUACAGGCGAAAUGAAUGAUGAUGUUGACCGAAAUGGUCUAACAAGUGAUAGUACAAGACAAAUACGUUAUUUUCACGAUCGAAUCGAUUUUCGUGGAGAUAUUCUAAUGAAACCACCCGCUGCAAAAAAUUGCCGAAUCCUAUGGGAAUUUUUAUACAUUUUACUCGAAGAUCCACACUAUGAGUCGAUUAUUCAUUGGGAAAAUCGAGAGAAGAUGAUCUUUCGGAUUAUCCAAGCUGACAAACUAGCUGCUCUUUGGGGUCUUCAAAAGAAUCGUCUCUCAAUGACAUACGAAAAGUUAUCACGUGGAAUGCGUUAUUAUUAUUCUAACAACAUUAUAUCCAAAGAACAAUCCAAACGUUUACUCUAUCGAUUUAUGCGUUCACCAGAUGAAAUUCGAAAGAGUAUGAAACGAAAUGGCGGUUCAACCAAUAUGAUUUAUUCCAGUUUGAAUAAAAAACCGUCACUUUCAUAUCAGCCUGCAACUAGUCCAGACGAUCAAGACAACGAUAUGAAAUACACUCCGGAAAAUGAUGAUAACUCAUCGUCACCACCACCAUCACAGUUUCCGAAUUCCACAUCAUCUCCAACGCAGAUGCAAAAUCAACUUCUGCAACUAUUUUCUAUUUAUUCACCGACUGCAACAACAAUUCCAUCGAGUUUGAAUCCCACAGCUGCACUUCUAUUUGCGGCACAUAAUGCUUCGAAUAAUUCUUCACCGACAUUCAAUGCCAAAACGAGUCCAUUGUUAGCCACCAUUUCGAAGAGCGAUCGAUCGAAUUCGUCGUCACCCGAAUCAUUUGAUAGUAAUCGUGAUCGUACAGGUGACAAUGAUAAACAACAUUGUAGUCCAUCACAGUCCUUAUCAUCAUCAAUAUCAUCCAAUUCGACAUCAACAAAACGUAAACAAGCCGUUCCAUUAUCAUUAACAGCACGCCUAUCUUAUCAACAACAACAUCACGAUCAACCACUCAACUUAGCUGUUAAUAAAGACGACGAUACAAUCUUAGAUUGUAAAAAGCCCAAACUGACUUCUUCUCCGUCCACUGCAUGA